AUGAUUUGACAUCCACACCUUUUCUCUCUCUUCCCCUCCUCUUCCUUUCUCUGGUCAAUUUCUCUCCCUAUCUCCAACCUCUCCUCCUCUUCUUCCCCAAUUCUCAUAUUUUUAUUUUAAAUGGACGAUUUUGAGUUCCCAUCAAUUAUCACUACUCAGCCAUCGUCGUCAUCAUCAUCUCAUCUCAUAAAAAACAAGGCAGCCUUCGCUGGAGCGAGUUUACCUCCGCCCCCUUCACUGCCGGAAGUGAAAGCUAGAAUCAUGGCUCAUCCUCACUAUCCCAACCUCGUAGCCGCCUACGCUGACUGCCACAAGCUCGGCGCUCCGCCGGAAGUGGCGGCGCGUCUCUCCGCCGUCACCGAAGAUCUCCAGUUACGGUCCGGCGGCGGCCGAAAUUUCCCCACCGCCGACCCUGAGCUCGACCAGUUCAUGGAAGCAUACUAUGAUAUUCUGGUGAAGUAUAAGGAAGAGCUGUCGAAGCCGUUUGAAGAAGCAGCUGAUUUUCUUCGAAAGGCGGAGUCUCAACUCAGCUCUAUUACUGAUCUCAGCUCCAUGAGCUUCCACUUCUCUACUGAUAAUGAAAAGUGUGGAACUUGUUCAGCUGAAGAAGAUCAAAUUGAAGUGAGUUUAGGAGAAACCGUUCUCGAGGGUGAACACCCAGCUGAGGACAGGGAGCUGAAACAACAGCUUCUUAGAAAGUACAGUGGUUGUUUAGGUAGCCUCAGGCAAGAGCUCUCCAAGAAGAAGAAGAAAGGGAAGUUGCCAAAGGAAGCCAGGCAGAAACUCCUCAGCUGGUGGGAGCUGCACAACAAGUGGCCUUAUCCAUCAGAGACAGAGAAGGUGGCAUUGGCGGAAUCGACGGGUCUCGACCAAAAGCAGAUCAACAACUGGUUUAUAAAUCAAAGGAAGAGGCAUUGGAAGCCAUCAGAAGAGAUGCAGUUCAUCGUAUUGGAUGGCUAUCAUCAGCAUGAGCAGCAGAGUGCUACUUCUUUCUAUUUGGAGGGACAUUUCAUGGGGGAUGGAAAUCUGUAUCACAUUGGUUCAUGACAAAUCAUCGUUUAAAGCUUCUGAAUUUUUCUUUUUUGUGCUAUUUAUUUCGUUAUUAUG